AGCGACAGCGCGAGACAGGAGCGGAGAGGAGAGAGGAGGCGUUUGACCCAACACCGGCUCCGUUUUGACGUUUUUCGGGGUGAACUUCUUCCCAAGGAUGUGAAGAUUAAACGGGGCUUUUUAAUGCGGAACCUCCGCGGGAUUUGACGCACCGGCGGAGCGCCGUGGACGGGAUAACCGGAGCGAUAGAAACCGUCCUGUGAUGGUCCUGUAAUACUUCACUGCGUCUGUUUUAUAUUAACUGUUUGGGAUAUUAUAUUUAAUGCUCGCUGAGUCCAUGAAAGCACCUGCACAUGACUUCUUCAUGACGUAAGACAUAAAAAUGAAGCAACGUGGAGCCUCUCCAUCAUCUUCCCUCUAAAGUUCUGCCUUGAAACUCCAUACCAGAUUUUUUUUUGGAUUAUAUUCGGCCAAGUAAAACAGGAUAUAUUGUCAAAUAUAUUUAGUAUAAAAAUACAGAAGUAGAUAUUAUCCUCAUUUUACCUCUUAACUUGCACUAUUUAGAAUUCUGUGUAUUGAAAUAUACUUUUCAAGAUCAGAUUUUAUGUUUUACUUUGUUUCUUUUGGGUUCAACAUUUUUAUCAAGUAAGUCAAAGUUAAAAAUUAAUUAUCAGGACAUAUAGGUGAGGUAACGUUGAAAAAUCUGAUACCAACAUGGCAUGGUAAAGAUUUUUAACAGAUUUUUUAAAGGACAUAAUAGGCGAAGAGCUGUCAGUCAGUUAAUGAAGCCAGAUGAAUCACAUGCUUCUGAUCCCUGGGAGUGCUACUGCUUUCUACUGGAUGCUACUGUCUGGAGCUUGUUUUCUUUUAUAAGUCGAGAGUUUACGGAUUUCCUCCAGCUUCACUGUGAAUAAACCAACAACAACAACAACAACAACAUGUAUGCUGGGAGGAAAAGAAGAAAACCAGCGCAGAAGGGAGCCAAACCGACGCCAGCUGAAGCCGGCAAGUCAAACCCGUCCAAACGCCACCGUGACCGGCUGAACUCAGAACUGGACCGGCUCGCCAGCCUGCUGCCGUUCCCUGAAGACGUCAUCUCCAGCCUGGACAAACUGUCUAUCCUGAGGCUCAGCGUCAGCUUCCUGCGCACCAAGAGCUUCUUCUCCGUGGCGCUGAAGAACCAGCUGUCCAACGGCUUGAAGAAGAGCAGUGAUCACAGCGAUGACAGCAAAACAUCUGUUGAUGGCGGCGUACCUGAGGGGGAGCUGCUGCUGCAGGCUCUGAAUGGCUUCGUCCUGGUGGUGACAGCUGAGGGAAUCAUCUUCUUCUGCUCCCACACCAUCCAAGAUUACCUCGGCUUCCAUCAGACCGACGUGAUGCAUCAGAGUGUGUUUGAGCUGAUCCACACUGAAGACCAACAGGAGUUCAGGAGCAACCUGCACUGGGCCCUCAACCCCCCUGCCGGCCUCGGCCCCCCCACAGAUCCCUCCACAGAUGGUGAGUCCGUGUCGACCUCUUCCUGCCUGGUGAGCUACAACCCCGACCAACUUCCACCUGAAAACUCCUCCUUCCUGGAGCGAGGCUUUGUCUGCCGCUUCCGCUGUUUGUUGGACAACUCCUCCGGCUUCCUGGCGCUCAACAUCCAGGGUCGACUCAAGUUCCUCCACGGUCAGAGCCGCCAGCAGAGCGACAGCGAGGGGAGCACGCCGCCUCAGCUCGCCCUGUUCGCCAUCGCCACGCCCCUCCAGCCUCCGGCCAUCCUGGAAAUCAGGACCAGGAACAUGAUCUUCAGGACGAAACACAAGCUCGACUUCACACCCAUGGCCUGCGACGCAAAGGGUAAAAUUGUUCUGGGCUACACUGAGGCGGAGCUGAGAGUUCGAGGUUCGGGAUACCAGUUCAUUCAUGCUGCCGACAUGCUGUACUGUGCCGAAAACCAUGUCCGAAUGAUAAAGACGGGCGAGAGCGGCCUCACCGUCUUCAGGCUGCUAACUAAGGACAACCGGUGGAAGUGGGUCCAGGCCAACGCCAGACUCGUCUACAAGAACGGAAAGCCAGACUACAUCAUCGCCACGCAGAGGCCCUUAGUUGACGAGGAAGGAGGGGAACACCUGAGGAAGCGAUCGAUGCACCUUCCCUUCACCUUUGCCACUGGAGAGGCGAUGCUCUACCAGACCGGUUACCCACUGCACGGCUUCCCUGAUUCCUUCCAGGGCAAAGCCAAAGGCAGCAAGUCCAAGAAAGGAAAGCAUGACAAGAGCUCUUCAGACGACCUGGACCCAAAGUCCCUGCUGGGAGCUCUGAUGAGCCAGGAUGAGUCUGUGUAUGUCUGCCAGCCGGACACAGAGCCUAAGAUGUCUUACCACAGCAGCCUUUUUAGUGAGCAGCAAGGUGACGGUGAUGGUUUUGGCGGCUUGUUAUGUGGCAACAGCUGGCAAAUUGCAUGUAACGGGGAGACGGAGCCAUGCAAUAACAAAACAUCCAGUUACGACCCACUGUUGGCCACUUUGGACUCCCUCUCCCUGGACGGGGAGGAAAUGUGCUCCAACAGUGAGCUUUUUAGCGCCUUGGAGAACCUGGGACUGAAUGCUGAGGACCUGGAGCUCCUGCUGCUGGACGAGAGGAUGAUCCAGGUGGAACUGGGCCCCAACCACAUCCCAACACUUGGUGACCUUCUCACCAACAACGAAAUCCUCUCCUACAUCCAUGACUCACUUGAAAGUGGGGCAGGAGGGGAGGAGCAAGGAGACAGAAGUGGAUUUGGACCUGCGAAUGGUUCACCGGCCCAAAGUAUCUCCCAGCAGCCACAGGGGUGCCUCACAUCUGCUGUCCCGCCAGCUCUUCCCAUCGUCCAGCUGUCCCAACAAAUGCAGCAACACAUCAGCUCAGGUGAGCCUGUGAAAGCUCAGCCGCCACAGAAUCAGUCUGUCUCCCAGCCCGCAACUGUGGACGGUAAGAUUUUAACUGGGAUUCCUAACAGUCACUGGGUGGUAACGACAGAGAACCACCAUCACCCCAACAACCACUCCCAUCACCACCCACAUACUGUACUCAAAGCCUCACCGGUGAACGGUGAACACAAACACAUCAACUCACUUCUGGAGUCGAGUCAACAGUGGACGGACCAGCACUCGCUCCACCUCCAGUCCCAUCAGCUCCUGAGCAGCCAGACUGCUCCGCUGCCCGGCUUCCAGAAUCACACAAACGGAUCUUACAUCCCGAAUGGACACACAGCAUUUCCGCCAAACGUGGAGCUCGGCCGCACAGGUUACAACAUCUCCAACACGCUACAUACAAGCGGCACGGCGCUAAACGGCAUGACCACGCCAGAUGUUUGUCACUACCAGAGUUUGGUGUCCAGCGCUCGGCCAUAUCAGCUGCAGGGUCACCAGAAACACCAGCAGAUGUUGCAGCAGCCGCCACCCUCUUGUUUGCCCCAGUGUCCCACCCAGAGCUCGGCACUGGAGUUAGAGCAGUUACUGGGUCUGUCCCAGCCACAGCACGGUCUGCCAUCAUUAGAGGCCUACAGCAUGUUCAACACUGCCACCACACAAGACUCCACUCACAGCAAGCUGGAGAACAGUUGCCUCCUCAGUGCCACCAACGCAGCGUACAUCAGGACGUGCCUGAUGCCCAAUGGAAAUGGCGUGGCCACAGGUGAAAUCUCAGACGGACUCCCCGCCCUGCAGGACCCCCAGAAAUCUGGAUUUUUCCUCUGAAUGGACGAUGGCAGAGUAUCAGAGGAGAAGAGAAGAGAAGUGUCAGACAUCACACUCCUGCUACUCUGAGAACCGACAGACGUGACCAGGAAAGUUUGUUUUUUUUAUCUGCCACACUGCGUAUUAUGAUAUUGCAAGUCAAGUGCUCACUGAAAGUUUAAUUGUCGUCUUUGGAUAAGCAUUGGUGUUUCCAGUUUGCUGGAGGAUGUACCUGAUCGGAGCCAAAACUCAUCACUUUCUGACCUGUAAAUACACUGUUCAAGUCCUGAAGAGAGGAAAGAGAUAGUCUAGGGAUGCAAUUUCUUUCUAAACGAUAGGCUGACCCUUGAUAACAGACCAUUAACCGCAAACUAACAGGCAGGCAACCGAGUCCAAGUUGCAUUACCCCUUUUCGCAAACCUAGUUCUUUUCCUGGGUGGUUCUGGUGCUGGUUCUGGUGCUGGUUCUGGUGCUGGUUCACAGUUGGUUCAAACAAACUGUCUCAGAACCUGUUUGCUUUUCCACAGGCUCGAGAGCCACGUCAUUACAUCACUGUAUAUGUCUGGAAACAUCUCCGUUCUCCGUGACUAUAAUAAAAACAAUGGCGGACCACAUCGUCUGAUUACAAAUAUUGCUCUUGGCUUUCUGAGCCUACAUUGGCAUCCAAACACGACUGGUACAACACAUUUGUUCUGCUCAUCUUGAUCGCUCUGGAUGUUGAUUACGUUCUUAUUAACAGUGAACGUAAGAUGCUAGACUUUAAUGUAAGCUAACGCUAUCCCACAAACACAAGCCUAUAUCAAUCACAUUGCACUUAAACCAAUAAAAUAAACUGAUUGAUACAUGUUUUAUUUGGUCUUGUUGGUCAUGACAAUGCCGCCCCUGACAUAAGUGGUUCGUGGUCGGAGACCAGCAAUAAGUUUGUGCUGCUCUGGAACCAGUUUCCCUGGCCCAGAGCCGGUUCUUUGGCAGUCGAAACGCCAAGAACUGGUUCUGAGAUUAAGCACCUGCUCCGAACCAGCCCUGGAACUGCCUUGGUCCAAAAGGGGUAUGAGGACUGGGCACUGCCCUUCCAUAAAGUUUUCCUUAAUUCACGUUAAUAAUUAGGAUUUUACAACAGAAAUACCUGUGUUUACUCCGUGUAUAUUUGCAUACCAUGCAGCCGAAAAUGGGGAAUUUGUUAGAAUUGGUCUGAUUAUAAGUGUACGAAAACGCAUACCAGGUGUUGCUGGUAUUUCUCCAAUAAGUGACUCCAAAAACAAAUAAGGUUGCCCAUAUCAUCCCGAAAGUUUUAUUUUUAAUAUUUAUUUACUGUUUAACUGAUUGAGUCAAAAUUCUUGUUGUCAGUUAACGGUUAAUUAUUAUCAUCCCUAGUGUAGCCCCAUACUGAAAGUCAAAUAACUUUGGAUAGUUAUACAUCCAGUGAUUCUGUAAUCUGCUUGUUUUUCCUCAUACGGGAAUGUUAAUCACGUGAAGAGGGAACGUUUAUUACAGCCAUGAGAUUUGGACCGAACACACCAACAGAUGAUUUACACUUCAGCGUUUGUUCGUAGAUGUAGACGACCUGUAGGGUCCGUAGAUGUCGUUCGUCCUGGUGCUUUACAUGUCAACAAAACAGCAUUUCAUUCUUAUCGUUGAUAUUGUUGAGAUGAGAUUUAAACAGAUAGUAGAAAGGUUAAAAUCAGAAAGUUUUUAUUUAUUGCCGCUGCCACAGAAAAAACACACGUGGCAGCUGUUUAUCCUAAUGCUGCAUUUUAGCCUACUCGAGGUUUACAAUGAUGUUGUGCACUAAAGACAGAGUCAGAAAGGAUCUGAUUUGUCCGCCAGUGGCACUGAAAUCAAACAAAAAAGCAUUUGUGUUUCCUGAUUGGAGACAGUGUGAAAAUCUCCCGUUAAUGCCUUGUCUCGGCGGCCUCGGCCAGUCAGACUCCCGCUUACUUUAUCCUGCAGUCGUGUCAUGUGGGAAACACUGAGUGCACUUACAUGCACGCAGUAAUCCAUUAAGGACCUAAUUGUAAAUAAUAGAUCACAAACGAAGGCCGAAGAGGAAGUGCAUGGAAGUAUUUCUCAAGUUUUUGUUUUCCUGUCAUCACAAAUAAUUGAGAGAAUAUAUGCACUUAAAUGUCUUUUUUUUAAUUUUCAUAUCUGGCCGUUAUGUUCAUGUGUAGAAACUGAUUUACAGUAAAGAUCAGAAGCAAAGUGAAAGUGCUCCUUGAUCCGUAGUAUUAGCUGGAAACUCAAACCAAACGGAACAGAACAGAGCUAACAGACACAAGCUCGAAUAUAAAGUCCAAAUAGUUUUUGUCCUUCCUUUGCAAUGUAGACUUUCCUCACAGGACUGUGAAAUGCUCAAAUGCAUUUAACUUCUGUUAAAGCUGCUACAUUUACAGUGUACAGAGUUUGAAGAUGUCCAUCAACACAAACACUGUGAUAGUCCAUACUUCACACUCACAGACAGAAACAGUAUAACUAAAACAAAGAAUCAUAACUUCCCAUGUCCAUCAGUGGGACAUGAGCUCAUGCUGUGUUCAUGUCAUGUCACAUUAACUGUAAAUAACACAUGCAGCUUUUUAACGCAAAGUGAUGUUGAAGAAAAUUACAAUUUACAUGUGUUGAGUUUUUUUUUUAAACAAUACUGUAUCCAAAUAAUUUUUUUUCAAUGACUUUUAAUUUAGGGUAUGAUUGAAAUGAUUAUUGACAUUUAUAAAAAUCUAUACGUGCUUAUUUUUUAGUUUUUAUGUGUGAUUAUAACCAAUAAUUUUAAACUAGCUCACUGCUGAUGUGUUUGGAAGACCCUUUCGGCCAGUAAAAGAAAAGAAAAUAUGAUAAAAUGUAACCUUUUGAUGGAAAAGAAAUCCUGUCAGUGUGAAUGACAAGCUUUCU